CAAGAUGCCUGAAAACAUGCAUGCUGUUCAUGGCUUCGAGGGGGACAACUUCUACAUUCCUUUGAAUAACCGCACGGGGCUGGUGCGGGACCCCUUCCUGUACCCGCAGUACUACCUGGCGGACCCGUGGCAGUUCAAAUUUCUAGCGUUCUACAUGUUUUUGCUCAUCUGUUUAGGUUUUCCCAUCAACGGCUUGACCCUCCUGGUCACGGCGCAACACAAGAAGCUCCGGCAGCCGUUGAACUUCAUCCUGGUGAAUCUGGCCGUCGCGGGGAUGAUCAUGGUGUUAUUCGGCUUCACCAUCACCAUCACUUCGGCGGUCAACGGCUACUUCAUUCUGGGACCCAUUGGAUGCGCCGUUGAAGGUUUUAUGGCGACGCUUGGAGGUGAGGUAGCUCUCUGGUCGCUGGUGGUGCUGGCCAUUGAACGAUACAUCGUGGUCUGUAAGCCCAUGGGAAGCUUCAAAUUCUCUUCAGGACACGCCAUGUCUGGAAUAGGUUUCACCUGGUUCAUGGCCAUGGCUUGUGCUGCUCCACCACUUCUCGGCUGGUCUAGGUACAUUCCCGAGGGUAUUCAGUGCUCAUGUGGGCCAGACUACUACACACUCAGCCCUAAAUUCAACAAUGAGUCCUAUGUGAUCUACAUGUUCGUUUGCCACUUUAUCAUUCCCGUCACCGUCAUAUUUUUCACAUAUGGACGCCUUGUAUGCACAGUGAAGGCGGCCGCAGCGCAGCAGCAAGAUUCAGCCUCCACACAGAAGGCUGAGAGGGAAGUAACACGUAUGGUCAUCCUGAUGGUAUUCGGCUUCCUGGUGGCCUGGACCCCUUAUGCAACUGUCGCAGCUUGGAUCUUUUUCAACAAAGGAGCACCUUUCACAGCCCAGUUCAUGGCUAUUCCCGCCUUCUUCUCAAAGAGCUCCUCUAUCUAUAACCCCAUUAUAUAUGUGCUGCUAAAUAAACAGUUCCGAAACUGCAUGCUAACCACUUUGUUCUGCGGUAAAAACCCCAUGGGAGAUGAGGAGUCCACAGUGUCCACCAGCAAGACAGAAGUGUCUUCUGUGUCCCCGGCAUAACAGUCUCCGGUCCUAUCCACUCACACCUGGAACUCGAGGACUUUCUGGAACGUUUGGAACUCCUACCUUGCAUGCACUCCCACCUUCUCGCUCAGUACACGAGUUUGCAGAUGGUUGUGUCCUGGGUUUAUAUUUGUUUUGCUGCUGCUUCAUCACAGAUUUGUAUUCAUUGCUGUACCCUGUGAGCAUCAGAAUGGGACACACGGUAUUCGGUGGCUCUAGCUCUUCUUGGGGGUGGGGGUUCCUGCCAAACUGCUAGCCAGGUUGCUGAAUAUUUCCCUGUGUUUUUAUUUUCUUCUCUGAUCUAUUAUGGAUAAACUGAUGCAAAUUCGUGCUGGUUUGUUGAAGGCAUU